UCCUCUUGUGCUGGUGAUGCUGCUGCUGUCAUGGCAACACAGGCUCCUGAGCAGGCUCUGUUGGCCUCGGACCGCUACGCAAGGCUCAUCCUGGCCCAGUUGAACAAAAUGAGGCUACGCACAGACUUUUGUGAUGUUCAGCUCCGAGUCGGCGGCCGGGUCUUCAAAGUCCAUCGGCUGGUGUUGGCUGCCAGUAGCCCGUACUUUUCAGCUCUUUUCUCCGGAGGUAUGAGCGAAACAAAUAAAGAAGAAGUGGAGAUUCUGGGGGUUAAUACUGGAGUUUUUGAGGUUUUGCUGGACUUUGUUUACACAGGCACAAUCAAUGUGACCAUAGACAAUGUUCAAGAACUGAUGUUGGCAGCAGAUAUGUUGCAGUUCAGCGAGGUGGUCAGCAUAUGUGGGGAGUUUCUCAAGGGCCACAUGGAUCCAUCCAAUUGUGUUGGCAUCUUCCAGUUCCUGGAGCAGAUUGCCUGCAUGGAAAUGCUGGAGUUUUCUGAGAACUAUAUCCACGUUCACUUCCUUGAGGUUUGUAUUGGUGACGAAUUCAGAGGCCUCUCAAAGGAUCAGAUCAUAAAGCUUCUAAGAAGUGAAGAGUUAAGAAUUGAGGAUGAGUACCAAGUGUUCACUGCGGCCAUGGAGUGGGUCCUUCAAGAUGUGGCCAAGAGAAAAAAAUAUGUGGUUGAGGUGUUGGAACCAGUGCGCUUCCCUUUACUUUCUCCACAGAGGCUAUUCAAGUACAUAGAGGGUAUGACUGACUUCAGCCUGAGGGUAGCCCUGCAGACCCUUUUAAAAGAGUAUAUUGAAGUCACAAAGUCUCCCAAGGACAAGAUCCACUGUCAACUACACCAAGUCAAGAUGAGACCGAGAAGAAAAGCUAGGAAAUAUGUUUAUGCUAUAGGAGGAUACACUCGGUUACAAGGUGGUCGUUGGAGUGACAGCAGGGCGCUUAGUUGUGUGGAGCGCUUCGACACCUUCAACCAAUAUUGGACCACGGUGUCAUCUCUCCAUCAGGCUCGCAGCGGGUUGGGGGUCGCAGUGCUCGAGGGCAUGAUCUAUGUGGUCGGAGGAGAGAAAGACUCGAUGAUCUUUGACUGCACAGAGAGAUACGACCCAGUGACUAAACAAUGGGCUGCUGUGGCUUCUCUUAAUUUCCCUCGCUGUGGAGUUGGCGUCUGCCCUUGCCAUGGAGCACUGUACGCACUUGGUGGGUGGAUCGGCUCUGAGAUUGGUAGUACAAUGGAACGUUACGACCCAGAGGAAAACAAGUGGGAGGUCAUAGGCGACAUGGCCGUUCCCCGCUAUUAUUUUGGUUGCUGCGAGCUACAAGGUUUUAUUUACGUUAUUGGAGGAAUUAGUGAAGAAGGGACAGAGUUGCGCUCAGCAGAGGCGUAUGAUCCCAUCACGCGUCGGUGGAGCGCCUUGCCUGUUAUGCUUACACGUCGAGCCUAUGUGGGAGUCGCCUGCCUCAACAACUGUAUUUACGCAGUUGGUGGUCGGAACGAGGCUGUGGGUGCUUUGGAGACUGUGGAAAAGUACUGUCCAGAACAGGAGAAGUGGAUAGAAGUGGCACCAAUGUCCACGGCACGUGCAGGAGCGUCGGUUUCGGCGGUUAACGGUUUGUUAUACGCCGUCGGCGGAAGGGCCGCCAGCAGAACCUUCUCUGCCCCAGUGACGAUUGAUUCUGUGGAGAUCUAUGACCCUCACCUGGACACUUGGACAGAAGUUGGCAACAUGAUCGCCAGUCGCUCUGAUGGCGGGCUGGCUGUUCUCUGA